UCGUGGGGAUCCGCGGUAUGUUAUCCCGCCUAGUUGGUUGAAAUUCCUUUACCUCAAUAGUGCGUUCGGAGAUAUUUUCAUAGUUUUAGUUAGCUCCAGCGUAUUACUGAUCAGGAAUUCGUUUCAGUGAUCAGUAGUCCGAUUCAAUCGUACUGGAGUGAAUACUUAUCGAGUGUGUAUCCACCGUGAAUGUGCAGCGAGAAAGCCUUAGUUCAGUUAUCGCAUCACUUCUCAGUUUUUCUCACGUCGUUAAAAAAAGUGCCAGUGAUCUGUGAUAAGUAACCGCCAAAGGAUUAACCCCUCACCAACCCAUUUCCCGCAUCAUUAUUUUUGAAGUCAAUGGAAGCUGGUGAGGAGGAAGGGUAAAGAUGGAGCACUCGCGGAAGCCGGGCGUCUCCCCGGAGACGGCCCUGGCGUCGGACAUCUUCGACAAGUUCUGCGCCGCCACCACCCUCAAGGCCAUCCUCGGAUACCACCGCCACCUCUGCGAGCUCCUCCACAUCAAGCCCACAAACUUCCCCCAGUUCUACCCCAAAUUGAAGAGCAAACUCAAAUCUUGGAAAGCUCAAGCCUUAUGGGCCAAAUUCGAUAAGAAAGCAAGUCAUAAAUGUUACAAUCGAGGAAAGGCUUGUCCAAACACUCGGGUCUUGAUCAUCGGCGCCGGUCCAUGUGGGUUGCGUGCGGCGAUCGAAGCCCAACUUCUAGGUGCAAAAGUAGUCGUAGUAGAAAAACGUGAUAAAAUUUCUCGAAAUAAUGUGCUUCAUUUAUGGCCUUUCGUUAUUCAAGAUCUCAGAGCUCUUGGUGCUAAGAAAUUUUUUGGUCGCUUCUGUGCAGGAUCCAUAGAUCAUAUUAGCAUAAGGCAGCUGCAGUGUAUAUUACUAAAAGUAGCUUUAAUUCUCGGUGUCGAAAUCCACGAAGGUAUUGGCUUUGAGUCUUUGCUACCUCCUCCAGAUGAUCAAAGUGAAGAAAGAAUCGGCUGGCGUGCAGCGAUAAGUCCUCCAGAGCACCCGGUCUCUCAGUAUGAGUUCGAUGUCCUCAUAGGAGCAGACGGUAAACGAAAUACUUUAGAAGGUUUUGGACGAAAAGAGUUCCGUGGGAAACUGGCAAUUGCCAUAACAGCUAAUUUCAUCAACAAACGAACCAGAGCGGAGGCACGAGUUGCAGAGAUCAGCGGAGUGGCUUUUAUUUUUAAUCAAAAAUUUUUCAAAGACCUCUAUGCGGAAACUGGUAUAGAUUUAGAAAAUAUUGUUUACUACAAAGAUGAUACUCAUUACUUCGUUAUGACUGCCAAGAAAACUAGUUUAAUCAACAAAGGUGUUAUUCUAAACGAUUAUUCAGAUACAGCCAAACUGCUCGCCCCAGAGAAUGUGGACAAAAAUGCACUGAUGGAGUACGCAAAGGAAGCCGCGGACUUUUCCACGAACUACAAGUUACCUUCCUUGGAGUUUGCAGUUAACCACUUCGGGCAACCUGAUGUUGCCAUGUUCGACUUUACAUCCAUGUAUGCUGCUGUGAAUGCAAGCCGCGUUGUCGAGAAGAAAGGGCACAAAUUAUUCAUGACGCUUGUUGGUGAUAGUUUGUUAGAGCCGUUCUGGCCGACAGGUUCUGGCUGCGCGCGCGGUUUCCUCAGUUCAAUGGAUGCAUGUUGGGCAGUUCGAAACUGGGGCUCAGGGCAGAUGAAUCCGCUGGAGGUGCUCGCAGAGCGCGAGUCAAUAUACCGGAUCCUGGGACAAACCACUCCCGAGAACCUCAACCGAGACUUCAGCAGCUACACACUUGAUCCGCACACUCGCUACCCGAACCUCAACACGCGAGCGGUGCUCCCCGUCCAAGUGAAAAACCUCUACUCGACGGACGAGCCCGCCAAUGUGGAAACAUGCCUCAAAGCUCCGUCGAAUUCUAGUCAUUUAGAACAACCAAAAAAGCGGAGACGAAAAGAUUCUCAAGUUCACCCAGACACGCUUCUGCAAUGGUUAAAGCGGCAAGUUGUGCUGCUGAACGACAUUCACAUCACAGAUUUCACCUCGUCGUUCAAGGACGGGCGUGCUCUCUGCGGGAUCAUCCAUCGAUACCGGCCCGACCUCAUAGAUUUCCAUUCGCUACGGCCGCAAGAUGUAGCCAAGAACAACCAGUUAGCCUUCGAUAUCCUAGAACGAGAAUUGGGAAUUCCGCCGGUCAUGACUGGUCGCGAGAUGGAAGAAUGCGAUGUUCCGGAUAAACUAACCAUGCUCUCUUACUUGUCCCAAGUCUAUGAUCUCUUCCGUGGCGAAAUACCUCACAUCAAACACCCAAAACUGGAGGAGCUGAAUGUCUCCACCCGUGAAGAAUUGACAACAUCGCGAUUCAAAAGCGACACCUCGGUGAAAGCUUCGCACGUCUCCCUCCUGGCUCACCUCACCAACCAACAAUCCCCCAGGUCGCGGCCGCCGGAAACGCUCAAGCUACCGCAGAAAAUGCACAUAACCUCCCCCACAACAAACGACACCAACAACACCGCUCAGCGGAGGAGGAAGAGGAGGAGCGGGGUCGUGCCAGGAACCGUGGCUACGAGGAUCCAAUGCUUUGAGGCGAUACAAGAUGUGAACAAUAAUCCCCAAGCCAAGAACCGUGCCAAUAGUGCUCCUAAUGUAGAAGCCCUGAAAAGUAGGAAACGCGGCAGUCUUGAAGCCUUGAAAAGUAGGAAACGGCACAGUCUUGGGGCUGUGAAAUCUAGGCGGUUCUCGAACUGUAACAAGAGCCUCGAUACUUUCGUAGUUUCUAGGAAACGAACUGCUGUUCCUAGGAGAAGCUUUGGUGAGAUGCAGACAAGUAAAAAAAGGCGCACCGAUGAAGAUCGGGACCCGCACUUUGUGUCUGGAGCCAAAAAAGGAGCAGUGGUCGAAGAUUUCGACGGUCGUAUUAAAAACAUUGAAGCUAAACUGAAAGGAGUUAGUCCGGCCACAGAUAAAAAACCAAAGGAUCUUCUACGAGCAAUCGGGAAAAUCGAAAAAACAGACUGGAAUUUCAAAGAAAUUGAGAAAAAGAUCGAGGAAAGCAAAUGGGGCAAGGCAUCAAAACAACAGCGCGUCGAAAAAGUUCCUAAAUGGAGUCGUCAACAAUUUGUAGAUAAGUUCUCUGCAGUGGAAAGGAAGCUGCUUCGCAAAAGCAAGGACGAUGAAAACGCGAAAAAGUACGCUGAGAUCGAUUUGAGUCUGAAAAAGCUAACGCAAAAAAUCAAGGAUGGGAGCACGCUGGAGCAGGGCGAGAGGGGCGCGAACAAAGUUUCCGCGAUGGCUGCCCAGCUCACAAAAGCAGUGGAGCCUGAGAAGUCAGUUUUACAGAAGUCAAAUUCUAAGUCAUCUCUCGUUGUUCCUGCUGGAAGUGCCAGCGAGCUGUGUCAUUUCUGCAACAAACGGGUUUAUCUGAUGGAAAGAUUGAGCGCAGAGGGGCGUUUCUUCCAUAGAGGUUGUUUCCGCUGCGAGUACUGCUCCAUUACUCUUCGUCUAGGCAACUACGCUUUCGACCGCGACGGCAAAUUUGGCAACCGAUUCUUCUGUCCGCAACAUUUCGGCAUGAGUGGAACGCAGCAAAAACGGGCGUACCGCAGGAAGUCGGAAGAGCUCCGGAAUCUAGCAAACAAGGAGAACAUCCUGAAGUCCUCGAACCAACCAAAAACCCCGGAAGUAGCCAAGCUAGAAAGGGAUACAUUGGAUCGUGGUGGUACUCCUGAAAGAAUAGAGUUCGAAAAUCUUGAUCCGGACGCAGAAGAAGAUGGUGAAGCGAUCCCGAGUGAAAUGGAUGAAGACGAAUGGACAGACCGCAACUUUGGAGCAUCGACCGGCGACGGAGAGAUCGGCUCCAGCGAAGAACUGUCGGACCUCUCCGAAUCGGAAGAUGACUCUGAAGAUGAUGAUCAAGAGGGUUUUGCAGAGGCACUUGACGUCCCGCUCACUGCGGACGAAACUCGCCGCCUGGCCGAGGACUGGACACGUCGUUACUCGAACCACAAGUCUGGGAAGAGUCCAGGAACAACAGCGAAAGAGGAGGAUGGUGAAGAUAGCGAGAGCGCCCACGAGUCAGACGAUUCCCAGGGCAGGUACAGCACGCAGGAGUAUGAUAGUGAAGUUCAGAAUCGCUUAACCACUGCAGAAAAAUGCCGAAUGCAAAAUGAUGAAAGUGAAACUGCAACUGAGGGCGAGGAGGAAUUGAAAGCGCGAGAGCUGCGCAAACAAGAGGUGCGCGUGGACAUCGUAGAGAGGAAAGGUCGCGCCGAGUCUGAAUCCGACACUGAGGUUACCACUGGCGAUUACACAACAGACAGUUCUGAAUCCGAGUCAGAAGAAGAACAGAACUCCGCGACAGAAAUCUCCACCGACUCAGAGUUCGAGCGGGAUGAAACCACGCCAACCCGGCACGAGAUCCCAGACAUCAUCAUCGGUGAAAACGUCCAGGUGAAGGAAAUGAAACUGAGCGAGCUGUCGCGACCGAAACUCGUGAACGGUAACGCUGUAGAUAAACCCAUCAUCCUCCAUCUGAACCAAAGCCCGAUGGCACGGCCCACCCCUCUCGGUAACUUCCGCCGGGAGAACUACCUCCUCCAGAAGACGGCAUCGACAGAAGGUAUCGCGUCAAAAACCUCGCUCGAGCUCAAGAAGAAAUACCUGUUGGGCAGCACGGACCCCUCGAACGCGGUCCGGAAGUCGGGCUCUGCGUCCAGCCUCGACUCGCGCUUCAAAAAUUUUGUCGACCACAUUUCCGAGCAGCAAAAAUUACUAAACCCAGCUCCGGAGCCAAGCCCAUCCAUGCAGGCGUUCUUACAAGGCUCGGAAAAACUGAGCGUCUCACCAGUUGGCUCACCGUCUUUACGCACCCUUAAAGAGCCACCCACCCUAGCCGACGCCAAGAGUUACAAACACGUUUGCAGCUUGAGCAAUUUCAUCACGUCUAGCCCGAUUAUUAGUGAUACGAAUGUUACCGCCAAAAACGAACUCAACGAGCGUCUCUCGGCUGCGGAGAGUGACGACAGUCUGAACAAAGCCGCUCAAUUAAUCGUAGCGAAUAAUCCCAGUGUUGUAUGUGCAAUAAAUAGUGUAGAUAUAAAGGAGACGGAUGAGAUGGUGCCCAAGUUAGAGUCUCCGAUAGGCGAGGCCAUUCCGGAUAUCCACCGUUCGGAACCGGCAAUCGUCGACGAGAACAUGGACAGCGAUUCGCUCUUCUCAGACACGUCUUGCAGCGAGGAGAAAGCCAAAGACGAUUCCAUCCACAAGUUCCGCAAAGUCGAAAUACACGACUCGGGCAGUGAGCAAAUGCCCGAUUCGCCCAAGCCAAAGAAAUCAGAGAGUGAGUUCAAAUUCCAGGAACCCAAGCUCGAGGAACCCAAUUUAAUAAAGGAGUCGUCGAUGCAGAAUAAAGUGAAUGUCUCUAUUCCUGAUGUGUGUCUUCAUACUGUUACCCUUCCGCCUACGCCUCUGACCUUGGCCAAACCUAGUGAAGACCUGGGGAAACUCUCGGAAGUGUCCCGGAGCACAGAGAACUUGGACGUCGCGACCAACUUUAGCAAAAUCAUAACCGUACCCAGUAAAACAGCAAGCAGUCAAGUUCUGAAACAAGUAUCGAAUACGAGUCAGUUAUUCUCGACAGAAGUAGGAGGCAGUAAGGAUAAUAUAAGCGGUAGAAGUAGUCCUGCCUCACCCGUUUCUGCAUGCGAUGAAUCAACUGCCGCGGCCUUAACUGAGACUGAAUUCUCAGACUGGGCGCGGGAUGAGGACGUGGCAGUUUCGGACAAUAUCGAUGACAUUGAGUUUCGAAUAAAUCCAAAGAACAUCACUUUCCGCCGCAACCAAAAAGCUCGAAAUAAAAAACAUGCAAGAGGUGUUGCAGCCCUAAUCGCCAGAACUGAGGAGUUCGACGACGACUUCUCGCAUGUUUGUGGGAAAGUCGAAGUCCCUGUUUCGCAGAUACUCUCCAACAUCGAUAACAUUGAGUUUAUGGACACUGGUGAGGAGGAAUCGAGUCUCUCUGAUGACCGUUUGAAGCGGAAUAGUGGCUACGUUGAAUUCGUCAAUCAAACAGACGAUGAAGACGCGACUACCCCUGUCGCAGUCAACCCUUACGUAAUGCUCGUUGAAUCAGAAACGAAUGCUCAAACGCCGCUCCGGGAAGAGGUGGUGGAAGAUGAUAAAUCUCACCGCACGGAAACAGGCACAACGACGUCAGAAAUGACGACUGUCAAGCAGCUCUCAAAUGAGGAGAAGAGUCUAACGGAUUCAACUUCUCUAUCGUCAGACAUCAAAUCGACGUUUGACUCUCAGGACACUAGCAAUAAAACCUAUGAAGAGUAUGUGCAGAGGCUUCAAGGGAAAAUUUUCCCUUUUUCCAAUGUAAGGGACUCAAUAGAUAUUAGAAAGUCGCGACGUCACAAACCGCAGUUCAAGGAACCGCAGCCUGUGCUUCCGAAGAGUGUGAACGCUCGUCCUGCCACUAUUACACCUGUUACAAUCCCGGAUAGCAAUAGCACGCCGAGCAAUUCGAGUAGCACUCCAUCCAGCAAUAGCAACACUUGCAGCAGCCCUGCGACUAAAGAAUUUAAUAGUUUCAAUAACCUGCCGAUUAAAUCGCCGAGCACCUCCCGCAAGUUGGAGGAGAUCUCGCGGGAGAGGCUGAAACAGAAAGACCUGAUCCACGAAAUGGUGAUGAACAAACUGAUAGCCGAAGGCAAGUCUCCACAAGAGCGGAAGGCGCGCAAAAGCAACCGAAAUUCCAUGAGCCCGAGCGUUGGGUCGACAACUUCGAUCGAAAAUCGGGAAACGGUGAGUGAUUUACCAAUUGUAUCCUCGCCCAAGAGGCCGGACUCUCUAGUCAUUACUGCUAAUGUCAUGCGGAGGCAUGAUGAUGUAAGGCGCCAUAGCGUUCAUCAGGAUAAAUUGACAGCAUUCCCUGCCGUCACAACCCCCGUGGAGGCCAAGACCGUCAGUGCGAUGAACCCAUUGCGGCGGCUGAAUCUGCGGCAGCAGUCUAUGUCAUCCUUCCGCAGUCCCAUGAGUCCUAAGACCAAGUUACCAGAAACUCCGCUCACCAACCCAGAGGCGUUUUCGUGUCCUGACAUCCGGAAGGCACUGUUCGAGUCUGGGGACACACCACUCAAGGGCCCAAUGACCACGCCAAGGUUUAACCAUGAGAUGUUGCUGCGGACAGCAGAGCAAGUUCGAGAAAGCGCUCGAGCCCGAGUCAGGCUUAUGAGUGAUUCGCAGUUGGGCCUGAGUCCCGAGGAGAAACUCAAUGCCUUGCGGCAAAAAUUCGCAGCUCGGAAAAUGGCGCAAAGCGAAUCCAAAGGAAGUCUAGCAGCCAGAACGUUGUUCACUGAUGAGCCCAAGUCAAAUCCUACCUCUAUCAACUAUGAUUUCCUCGAAAACGAUAAUAAGGUGAUGGAUGGCAAAGAUCUGAAGCACCGGAAAGAUCGUGAAAGAAGGAAAAGCAUCAUUCAGGCUGUGUCAGAUUUCUUCCACAAGAAGUCUCCCUCUCCCUCGCCUUCCAAAACUUCUGAGAAAGUCCCAAACCAAUCGAUAAGCAAUAAAUUCAUGAAGUUGCGACUUCAUACCCUCAGUCGCGAAAAAUCCAAAUCAGCUGAAAUUUUAGAUUCGGAAAAGAGAGAUAAGUUUUCUCCUCCGAGUGAGCUAGAACGAAGCAAAAGCGUUAGCGAAUCAGAAAUGAGACGAAGACUGAUAGACGGCCUAGCUCCGCCUGUUCCUCCACUACCUCUCAACUACUCCCUUCAACCACUUAACACUACCAACCGUCCAUCUGAAGAAAGCCUGUCUGAACUGGAUGAGACGACCCACUGUGAUGAAAACGAUAUUAGCGUUUCUAAAAAGCAAUCUCGCCUCAAUCGGAAAUUAGCCCGCCAAGCACAUUUGAAAAAUUUAAAAAGAUUAAGAAUGGCGCAUGAAAUUCAGAGGCAAUUAGAAGAACUAGAAGUUAAGCAACGAGAAUUAGAAGCACGAGGCGUUGAGGUGGAAAAAAUGUUGCGGGGAGAAAAGUGCGAUGCUGUGAUGAAAGAAGAACCAGAGCUCCUGAAAGAAUGGUUCGAGCUCAUGCGUGAAGGUAGCGAGCUGAGGCGGUACGAGAAAGAGCUCAUGGUCCAAGCGCAAGAAAUGGAGUUGGAGGAUAGGCAUGCUAGACUCCAACAAGAACUGCGCGACAGCAUGGCAAAGGAUGAGGCCAGCAAGACGGAAGAAGAUGUAGCAAAAGAGGGGCGCAUCCUCCGUGAAAUGCUCGAGAUCGUAGAGAGGCGCGACUCACUCAUCGCCCUCAUGGAGGCUGAUAGACAAAGGUACAAAGAAGAAGACAAAGAUUUCGAAGCACAAAUGCUUGCGAAAGGCCUUCAGCUCACAUCUUUGAAAAAACGUGAAGUGUAUCUUUGAAUCCAUGGCUCAACACUAUGCUAACCGUCUGCAUUUUUAUUUUUCACAGCCAUCUUAAGAUGAGACUUUAAAUAUAACUCCUUUCCCAGUAAAUUUGGAAUUAAAUGAAUUGAAUUUAUCGUUCGUCAAUUUAUCUUCAAAAGAUAUUUCAAGAACGCAGAACCUGUUUCGAACUGUUUUAGUAGCAGAACUUUGUUUUAAAUGUUGACAAGAUUUUAAUUUUUAUUUAUUUUUCAUUUUAUUUCUAUGGGUACAUAAAAGUCAUCAGCUUGGAGUAGGUACAAGUUCUAUCAUAUAAAAUAAUUACUUAUCUAUUUCUGCUCAUGGAAGUCAUAUCCUAUUGUUUUCAAUAAAGCACUGCUAAGUCCUACAGGACUAACUGUCGAAAAAAAUUCAUUCACAUAGUAAGAAAGAUUAUCGAUCAAACAAAUAUUGGGAAUUUAUGAAUUUAUUCUCAGUUACGUGCCAAAAUAGUCCGUUAUUUUCCACAAUGUAUGAUACUUUUUUUCCAGUUUACUUGUAAAGUCGUUAAAAUUUUAGUAAAACUGCUGAAACGAGCUUCAAGGUGCAAAAUAAGUAAAUUAACUCUAAAAAAAUCCACAUCAGUUGGUCCCAGUUGAAAUCCCAUCCAUCAAAUUUCAGAACUGAAGAGGUGAUUUUUAAAUUCUCUAUAAGGCAAUGGAUUUCUUUGGUUUUAUUGCUCAAUUCUCAUCUGAAAGUUACAUUAAAGAGUAAAUUUUCAAAAUUAAAGUCUAAUGAAGGGUUGACAAUUUUAAUAUUUUUUGUGCCAUCAGAUGCUGUCAUAGGUAAAAUUAUGACCAGAUCUGUGAAAAGGGACCGUAUCUUCCAGCUGCAAAUUUUCCUUAACUUUUCUCAAAAACUUAAACCGUAUAUUUCUACCAUCCAAGAAUCUUUGUCUUGGAGCUUAAUGACUCUUACUUCCCUAAAUUUUUAAGCUUUUAGGAUCAAACUUCCACUGAGAUUUCUGGAUUUUUUUCCUUAGUGUAUUUGAAGAGAGAUAAGGAAAUUUUUUUCUCAGAAGAUAAGGUCCCUCUCAUCUGAAGCAACACUUUUAGUCUAAGAAUAAUAUUUUUUUUCAUAAAAUUAAGACCAACAUGUGAAGAAAAUCACCAAUAUUAAGUCCUCAAGGUGAGAGAAUUCAGGCGCUUUCAGAAAAUAGAUGAAUAUAAAAAAAUUUAAUAAUUUGGCUGUAUGGUAGACAUAGCUCUCUUUUUUCAGUUCGUAUUAAUUUUUACUCAGUGCUUUUAAGUUUUUUCCCUGUUUAGAAAUUGAGUGUAACUAUCUGUUCAGAUCAAAUUUCUUCAUGGAAAUCAAUUAAUUUUGUGUGUUCUUUCAGUAUCUGGUCAAGGCAGUUUCUAACGAUAUAUUUCUGUUUUUUAUGUUUUUAAAUAAUGAAUUGGUGCAUAUUUGUUUUGCAUGUACAAAAAACGAUUGAGCAGGUUUAUUCAAACAAAAGAAGAAUGUAGUGAAAUUCAUCGGUAUUUUUUUGCGCCAAGAAAAUGCAAGAAGUAAGCCGAUGAAGCGAAACUUUUUUAUAAAUUAAUUGAUUUUUCAUUAUGAUACAUUGCGUUAAAUGGCUUUUGCUGAUUUUUUUAGGUAUUUUUCCUCUCGUCUGUGUUUAGUGAACAAUUAGGACCUUAAUCUGUUUAUCAACGCAGUUUUAGUAGGUUUUUCUUUCUUUUUCCUUAGUAAAAAACUGGAAUUUGAUGUGCAGUCUAUCUUCGGAAGGAAAAAAAAAUCGGGCAGAUGAAUAAAAGAGCAGAUAUGUGUAAAUUAGAGACUGAAAUUAAACUCUUGAUGGCUAUCUGAAAUCUCAACUUUUUUUGUGAUUUAAGCCAAGCUCCAGGUGCAGUGCUAUUGUUUGGCAUAUUACUCUUUGUUCCAACUUGUUUCUGGAUCCAAAAAAAGGACUCGGCCAACCUGUAAUCCUGAACAUUUUUAGCAAAAGCUGUUUCCUUAAAUCUCUCUUUUAUUGUUUCUUUUUUCAAACCCUGAGGGAAGAAGAACUCGCACGAUUUAUCAAUGCCCAAACUUGCUAACUAUUUAUCUCAAUUUAUGAAAUUGCUGACUCGUUAUAACACUUUUCAUGAUUGGAAAACUAAUUAUAAUAGUUUUUUCUAUAGGAAUUUCUCUGUUCGAAUUGUUUAGUGUCAAAAUUUCCGCUGGCAGAGUCAUCUCAUUUCCGUUUUAAAGAAACGAAGUAUAAGCAAAUUUUUAUAGUAUCGCUAUUGCAAUGCAUCGUUUCAAAAUUUAGCCAUUGAUUGUAGAAAUAUUUAUUACGCCAUUCUUACUGUUUUCUCUCCAGUGUUUUGCAAAUUUAUUUGCAUUCAAAACUUUGAGUUUGUAUUAUUUUCUAUUUAAUGUUGUUUACAAGUGUUCAUUUAUUUCCCUGCGACCUAAUUAAGUUGAUUAUUUUCAAUGCCAACUUUCAUUUUAAGUUUUUACUGUCUUUAUUACGGAAUUAGUGUGCAAUAUUGUAAAAGAACAAUCUGCGACUCAAGUCUGACAACCGACUGAUGCCAGUUUUUUGCGCAUUUGAGGUUACACUAACAUAGCAAAAAAUACUCCUUUGUGAUGCUCUCAUCAGCACCCUCUUAUCUUAUCAAGCGCAACUUUUUCUUUUUGUUUACUGAAGGGAUAUUUAUAUUUGUUUCUGUAUGCCUAGUUUUGCAUUUUAUCGUUUUUUAUAUUUUAGGGUUCGAGUUAAUUAUCCUCCAAACUCUGCGGCCAUUAAUCAGAAUUUUACAAUCAUAACUUUCUUUUGAAUCUGUCAUAGCAUUUUAUUCAUCGUAAAUACAAUGCACAUUUUUUUAAAUCAGUCUUUUAUCUUUAAAAUUUGGCAAUACUGGGUUUUGUAACGUUCAUUAUUUGAUACGGGGUUAAAUGGAGGAAUAACACCAACUUGUGAAAAUUGCCUCUGCCAUUAAGUAACAUUCUAAUGUCUUUCGAAACUUUUGCAAUGUCUCCACCAUUUUCAUCAGCUCUCUAAAAAUGUAAUACAAUUAACUAUAAUGAAUUAAUUAAAAUUAAAUUAUUUGAUAGGGGCAACCAAAGACUCGAAUAUGAUUCUAGACGUUAACUUUUAUUCUUGCACAAAUCCUAUUUAAAAAUCUGCCCGAUACCCAAUUCAGUUCUAACUAACCUCAUCAAAAGUAAACGAAUGCACACACACUGAACCGAUUUUACCAAAAUCAAUAGAAAAAACUGGUUUUGUUUUUUGUGUAUCCUUAACAACGCUGAAAGAUUUGAUUUCCUAAACAGUUAAAGUGCAAAUUGAAUCACUUUUUAUUCUUUGACCAACUUACUAUCAGUCACAUGCAUGUAAUGAGUCAUGAAUUUGCUAGUUUUCGUCCCGCAAUUUUUUCCUACCCAUUGAAGAAGUACCAAUAGAUGGUUCUUUUCUUUUUUUUUUGCUCAAAGUUUAGGACAGAUUAAUCUUUCUUUUAAACUGGAAGCAAGUUCUGCCUGCCUUGCUGAGAAAAUACGCCUUUUAAGCCUUCAGACGUCGCCCAAUUGCUUUCGACUAAUUAAGAUUUGUCUGAAAAAUUUGAAAGUAUUUUUCCUUUGAUUUUUCAGUGAAUUUUGUUUGUCAAGUGCUCUGAAGUGUCUUAAAGUUUCAAGAAAAAAUAUUCUUAACUUUCUUCCAAAAUAAAUAUUUAAUGAGAGAAAAUUAGGGAACAUUCGAAUGCCCAUAGGGCUUAUUUCCUUACCACAGCAGAGUAGUAGGAUAGGGACAUCUAAACAAUGAAUUUUAAAAAGAACGUUUGGUCCAUUACAGUGUUUUAGUCCGUUCGUGCUUUUUCAAAACUACCUUUUUAUUUAGAUUUGUUCUGUCCAAUGGCAUCCAAUGCUCAUACCAUUUUAAUAUCUUCCUAGUUUUGUUCAAUUUUCACCUCUUUUCUUCCAUUUCCUUCUUUCUAUGUAAAAAAGCAACUUACAUUUUAGCGAUUUUCUGUGUGAGUAACUGCUUAGCUUAAGCCGUAGUCAAACUUGGAUUGAUACCUUGUAUUCAUUUGAGUUUUUUUCUCUUGUUAAAAACAGAUGUAUGUGAUAACUCUACUUUAAGUAACGGGCCUCAUCUUAAGUUUAUUUUUGUAUCCUCUCAUAGUCAACAGAUGAAUUUAUUUUUAUUAUAUUGAUUGAUUUUAAUAUUAUGUGUACCCAAUUGUAUUAUUCCUGUACUAUUGUAUCAAUGAAGAUUAAAUAUGUAUCUAUUAUUUAA